AACUGUUAUUGCAGCAUUUGGGGAUUUGGUAUCUCAUGGAGAGAAAAACCUUCAGAAUGUUUCAUCACCAUCCAACUUGACUUCCAGCACCCACACAUUCAACAAGAUCUUCAAUUUUGGGAAGAGGCAGCCCCAGCACUCUACUGCAGGGAGCCUCAGGGCCCUGCUGUGCCAGCUCUUGUCGCGGUACCUGGCACAUCCCGGUGCCACGGGAGGGAGCAUGGCAGCCAACAUCCACCACACCUUCUGCUUCACCAACUCCUCGCUUCUGGAGGCCUUUGCCCAGGAGUUCAGGACCCAGCUGUCCCAGGUGCAGCACAACCCAGAGUACCAGGAGACUUUUGUCAACGAAAUGGUCUCAUUUCUGACACUCAUCUCCCAAGUGCAGAAUGACACCUCCCUGUGGCACCUGCUUUUGCUGGCCCCAGAUGUGUUUCAGGACAACAUGCAGCUGCGAGACAUCAUUGAUUUCCUUCAGAAUCCAAGCAGUGUUGUGCUGGGAGCUCAGAAUGUCUCUGCAUCUCCGGUGAGCGAUGAUAGAUUCAAAACUGUUCAGAAUGAGGUUGCAGAUUCUCCACUUCCCAUGAGCUGCUUGGAGCAAGAUAAAGAAAGAAGUUGGGUGACCAGAUCUAUUUGUAAUUCCUUUGUUCACUGGAGAGACAAUCACACUUUAGUAUCUGAAUUGGAGGAAGUUCUAAGAAAAAUAAAGUCACCAGAGAUUGGUGGAAAGCUCUCCAAGAGGUCCAUUAAUUCAGAUGAUUUAGAAGCCAUACAAAAGCAUCUACAUCGUUUAACAGGCUUUGAGGAAAAAAUGAAUAGAAGUGAAUUAAAAAGCUUAAAUCUAUUCAGAAAUUUGAAGAAUGAAACAUUACAGAAAUUGUAUGCAUUUCUUGAACUGGGAAUGAAUCCACACCAUGAUUAUAAAUUAAAGGAACCAUAUAAUAAGGAAAUAAUUGAUGAAAUCUAUAACUUCACGUCACUGCAAUUACAGAGUGACUUUAAUGGGACUUCCAUUUUCAAUACAAUGACCCACUGGAAAGAAAUUCAGAGGGCUUUAAAAUUAGCUUCAAAGCUUUGGAAUCCAGCUCUCCAAAGUAAUUCCAAUUUUAGUACAUUGAAAACUAAGGAUGCUCUCAAAAUGUUGUUCUCCACAAGCAUGCCAUCACUUCUGGAAGGUCUCAGAGACCGUUUGAGUGGAUUGGAAGAAAUCCCAUCUGUGUUUUCUGAUGAUCUGCUUGAGCCUGACUCCUACAGAAACUUCCCAGAGCAGCUCCUAGCUCUCGAGGAGAUGUUUUUUAGAAUGAUGGGCACAAAUGUAGGCUAUCAGUACCUCCUGCUGCCCGUGUUUGAGCUGAUGAGGGCCGUAGAGAAGUCCAUGGGGGAGGCCUGGUGGGAUGAGCUGAACGUCUACUGGCGCAUUGGGGAGAAGCUGAGAUCCAUGAGGUGGAAUAACACAGCCAUCGUUGCCUAUGGGCAGUUCUUGGAGGUGUUAAACAGCCAUUUGCAAAAGCUGAAUAAUAAAUCGAGUGGUGUCUUCAGUGAGGAGCUGGAUCAGCUGUCAGAGCUCAUAACAGCUGUGUUUAAAGAGUUUGGGGAAAGCUCUGGAGUAGCCAAUAUCUCACAAGUCACUCAAGCCAUCCAGAAGACAUUGAACAUCUUAAAAGACUUACAGCUGAAUUAUAAUGUCAGUGCGUUAAAAUCUAUAGAUCUUUUCUUUAAUUUUAACAAUAAAACCUUGGAGAGCUUGUCUGAACUUCUGAGAACAGGAAUGAAAAUCCUUCAUUAUACAAGUGCCAGUGAAGGUUCCAGUGAAGACAUAAUUAAACCCAUCUAUAAUUUAACACAUCUUCUACUGCAGGAGUUCAGCCAGUCUCCCUCACAGCACAAUUCCUCA